GUCGGGGGCGGCGGCGGAGGCGGUGGAGGCUACUCGGGCGGGCCGGGGUUGCGGCGCGGUCCUCGACUCGGCUUGCCGGCGCGUGGCCCGGCAGCCAUGCAUCUCCCGGCCCCGGGCCCGCUGGGGGACUGCCUGCGGGACUGGGAGGAGCUGCAGCAGGACUUCCAGAGCAUCCAGGAGACCCACCGGCUGUACCGCCUGAAGCUGGAGGAGCUGACCAAGCUGCAGAACGGCUGUACCGGCGCCAUCGCUCGGCAGAAGAAGCAGCUCCAGGAGCUCGCUCUCGUCCUGAAAAAAUGCAAACCCUCCCUGCAGUCGGGGGCCAGGGAGGCUGCCCAGGAGCUGGAGAACCAGAUCAAGGAGCGCCAGGGCCUCUUCUUCGACAUGGAGGCCUAUUUGCCCAAGAAGAAUGGGUUGUACCUGAGCCUGGUCCUGGGCAAUGUCAACGUGACACUCCUGAGCAAGCAGGCUAAGUUCGCCUACAAGGACGAGUACGAGAAGUUCAAGCUCUACCUCACCAUCAUCCUCAUCCUCAUCUCCUUCACCUGCCGCUUCCUCCUCAACUCCAGGGUGACGGACGCCGCCUUCAACUUCCUGCUGGUCUGGUACUACUGCACGCUCACCAUCCGCGAGAGCAUUCUCAUCAACAACGGCUCCCGGAUCAAAGGCUGGUGGGUUUUCCAUCACUACGUGUCCACUUUCUUGUCGGGAGUCAUGCUGACGUGGCCCGAUGGCCUCAUGUACCAGAAGUUCCGGAGCCAGUUCUUGUCCUUCUCCAUGUACCAGAGCUUCGUGCAGUUCCUGCAGUACUACUACCAGAGCGGCUGUCUAUACCGCCUGCGGGCCUUGGGCGAGAGGCACACCAUGGACCUCACUGUGGAGGGCUUCCAGUCCUGGAUGUGGCGCGGCCUCACCUUCCUGCUGCCCUUUCUCUUCUUCGGACACUUCUGGCAGCUUUUCAACGCGCUGACUUUGUUCAGCCUGGCCCGGGACCCCGAGUGCAAGGAGUGGCAGGUGCUCAUGUGCGGCUUCCCCUUCCUCCUCCUCUUCCUCGGCAACUUCUUCACCACCCUGCGGGUCGUGCACCAGAAAUUCCACAGUCAGAGGCGUGGGAGCAAGAAAGAAUGAGUCUGGGCCUGCCUGCCCGGCUCCCUCCGGUGCCCCUGGCCCGGCAGGGGCUUCUGUCCCCUUUGCUGGUGCGGUAGGGGGCUCGCCUCAUGCGGGAGGGUCUCUUCUGCUCUCCCUGGGGUUUUGUGGGCCCUGUGGGCCCCGAAGGCGCUGCCGGA